UUUCCUUCCGCAGCAAAAUGUCAGAAAUCAGUUCACCACACCAAAAGACAUCCAAAGAAGGGGCUGAAGUCCGCGAAAUAAGGCACAAUGAACGCAGAAACAUUAGUCCAAAAAGCAAUGCAGAUAACAGAGUGGUUAUAGUUAUUGAUGACACACCACCUGCUUCACCCAUUCGCGAAAGUAGUCAAGCAAAGGAAGAUCGUGGCAAUCGAACUAAGGAGAUACAAAUGACGACUAACAUAGGAAAAGGUAAGAAUAAUACAAGUAACUAUAAGAACCCAGAUAAAGCAUCAAGAAAAGUGACAGUCUCUAUAGGGGAUAAAGCCACGAAAAAACAAAUGGAUUAUAGAGCUGAGAACAGGGAUCGUUUUUCUUACCGAAGCCCAUCCCCUCGCCGUCAUCGUACACGGUACCCUUCCGGAUUCUAUCGUCGACCAUCUUCGCCCCUUGACAUGAAUAAGUAUCGUCAAGAAAAUUCAUCAAGACGCCUCCGUCCUUCGUUGUCUCCCCAACGCCGAGGUCGCCCAAAUCCACCAAGACGCCGAGUUCGUUCAGCGUCUCCCAAACGCCGAAGUCCUUCACCUACAGUACGAAUUCGUAAGCGUUUACCCUCUCCACUUCUCCGUGAUUGUUUACGCAUAGCAAGACUUUGUGGUCAAUCGAUUCCAGAACGUAAGCUCAAGUUAUCGGAAAAACAAGACCGACAGAGUAUACCAAGUUCGCCAGUAUCCAGCCAAAACCGCAGCAUACCGGCACCCCAAGCAGAAUCCAGUUUGCCACCACUUAGGGUGCCCGUAUCUAACCCACAACCCGUCAUGACAACACCUCAACCAGGACCCAAUCGUUCAUCAUCUGCCAUGCGCCACUCAGCAUAUGGUCACUUCACUCCUAAUUACAUAUCUAUUAUUAAAUCGAUGGACGCUUUACCGAUAAAGGUUAUGGAAAACUUUGGACAUAUGAAUAAGACAUUGCCAGCCGGUCAGGACACAACUCAUUUUGAGGCUAAAGAAGGUGGACAAACAGGUAUGACAGAUGACACUUUAAUUGAAACAGACAGGGAUGAUAAUGUCAUUGGUAAAGACAUGUUAGCUAUGAAGGAAAAUACACCAGAAGCUGUAGAGGUGCCUACGCCAGCGGCGACAGAGUCGUCUAAACCAGUACUUACAAAAACCACCAAUCCAGCAGUCGCAGAUAAAAUCCUGCCAGUCGUAUUGUAUACACCUAAACCAGUGGUAAGUAUGUUUAGUUACCUACAGAACCAUACUGACAGUAGAAAUAAGGAAUAUGGGAAUCAACCAUCCCUUAAAAAUAAUGAUAUCAACAGCGGCAGCGGCAACAUCCCAAUAGCGCCAGCUUCUGUGCGAUUUGUUGAAAAACACUCUGCUAGCGAUGAUUUGGGUGGUACCAGGAAGAAGGUGGCAAGACUGUUACCACCAUGGAAAGUGAAGAUGACGGAUAUGGGGGAUAUAUAUUAUUAUAAUCCUAUUACAGGCGCAACUAGUGAAACGAGACCCGCAUAAACAUAUAAUCAAUGUAAAAAUAAACGUCAUUUUCAUAAUUUUUAAUACAGAAAAUAGCGCAUGACCUAUUCCUAGAAAUAAAAAGACACAAGGUCUUUCAUAUUCUCGACGUCUCGCACAAAUGGCGCACUCUCAUCUUCUUCCUUAUGCAGGGGAAUUAGGGAACGUUUGUCAAUUACAUUGAUUGGUAUGCUGAUAGUCAACAAUCAAAUGACUACCGAUCUUUAGUAUAUA